AUGCUGUCGGUGGCCCUUCUGGACCGCGAACGGCUCAAAGAUCUGACGGAGAUGCUCUCGGAGAUCAACGAUAUUGACUAUGGAAAUCCGCAGCUGCACGAUUCGUACGAUUACGUGAUCGUCGGAGCGGGACCGGCCGGGUGUGUGCUUGCCAAUCGGCUCUCGGAGGAUCCGUCCGUGUCGGUGUUGCUGCUUGAGAUUGGCCGAGGUGAGCGUCCGGCCUUCUCGGAGCCACCCCUGCUCGGGCCUAUGCUCGCAUCGACGGACUACAACUUUGGGUACGUGACGGAACCGCAGAAGUACGGGUGCCUUGGGCUAACCGGACGUCGCUGUAACUGGGCGCAUGGACGCGGUGUUGGAGGCUCGUCGAUCAUCAACAACGUCAUCUACACGAGAGGCAAUCGGCGAGACUUUGACAACUGGGCGCGAGCGGGGAUGGAGGGUUGGAGCUGGGACGAGGUGCUUCCUUACUAUCGGAAGAUCGAGCGUGCGAAUAUUCGGGACUUCGAGAACAAUGGUGCACACGGGAAGGACGGACGCGUGUCGGUGGAAGAUUGUCCGUUCCGGUCGGAUGUAUCCAAGGCGUUCGUGGCAAGCGCAGCCGAGUCAGGAUAUCCCUACCUUGACUACAACGCUGGAGACAACCUGGGCGUUUCGUUCCUGCAAGCUCACACGAAGCGAGGACAUCGUGUCACGGGAGGAACUACUUACCUGAAGGAUGUCUACCACCGUCCCAACUUGCACGUUUCAACCCGCUCGUGGGUCAUCAAGAUCCUGUUCGACGAAGCCAAGAAAGAAGCCGUUGGAGUUCGGUUCACGAAAAACAAACGGUACCACACGGUAAAGGCUCGGCGGGAACUGAUCAUCUCCGCCGGCGCCUUCGAAACGCCCAAGCUGCUGAUGAACUCCGGCGUGGGACCAGCGGCGCACCUGGCACAGCACGGCAUCAAGGUGCUCCAGGACCUCCCCGUGGGUCGCCGCAUCUACGAGCACGGAGGUGUGUUCGGGCCGAUCUUCAUCGUGCGGAACGUGCCGGCGAUCGAGCAAAACCUGAUCAGCCUCGAGCAGGUCGUCACGCUGGACGAAAUCUUGCGUUUCCGUAACGGAACCGGUCCGCUGACGUCGAACUCGAUCGAGAGCCUGCUGUACGUGAAGUCGCCCGUAGCCGCCGACCCCGACCCGGACAUGCCGGACGUCGAAGUGAUGCAGUCGUUCACCUCAUUCAGCUUCGACUCGUCGACCAGCACGCGCUUCGCCUACCAUCUGCCGGACGCGCUGUUUCGCGAGUACUACGGACCGCUCGUCGGCACGCGCAACUUCAUGUUCCUGCCGAUGCUGCUCAAACCGCACACGGUCGGGCGGCUCGAGCUGAAGUCGCGCAACCCGUUCCACCAUCCGCUGUUCCGCUAUCAGUACUUCGAGGACGAGCGUGACGUGGAGGCGCUGGUGUACUCGAUCAAGGAGGUGCUGCGCAUCAUGCAGGCCGAGCCUUUCCGGCGCCUUGGCGUUGAGCAGUACACGCGGCCAGUUCCGGGCUGCCAGCACCUGACGUUCAACUCGGACGACUAUUGGCGGUGCCACGUGCGCACGCUGACCACUACCUUCGAGCACCAGGUGUCCACUUGUCGCAUGGGCCCAGCGGGAGACCCGGAGGCGGUGGUCGAUUCACGGUUGCGCGUUCGCGGCAUCCGACGACUGAGGGUGGCCGACGUGAGCAUCAUUCCCGAGCCACCGAGCGCGCAUACUUGUGCCAUGAGUUACCUCAUUGGAGAGAAAGCUGCCGACAUGAUCAAGGAAGACAAUGGGUAUUAA